AUGGGCAACGUGUCCACGCACAUAACCUCUCAGCAGUAUAACGAAGGCGCUAUCAGUGUCACCCUACGGGGUUUCCUCCUCCAUGACUCGACGGCUGACGUCAGCAACGGCGUCGACCGUUUCGUUCAAGCCCCUGACAGCCGGUGCCUGAACCAGGCCCCGCCCCCGCCCUUCCGACCUCCCGACGCACCCCCUCGGCCAAUCCACCUCCUGACCCGCACUCCCGGCUACCACCCGACCAACCCUGCUCAGCCCACCCGGCGCACCGCGAGCUGGAGGUGCUGGACACAGACGUGGCACGCCAAGGAAGAGAGCCUAAACUCUGAAAGCUUUGACGGACCAUCUUAAGGACGACCAGGGUCCUAUCAAAAUGCUCGACUAUCUCGGAAGCGAAGUACGGUGCAGGCGAAGUGCUCUGUUACGGGGUUGCACUGGUAUCUCUAUUGAGUUGUCAACUUGUGGUGGAAAGACGGGUUGGUGCCAGCAAAGGUGCAUGAGAGCGUGAGCUACUGACCGUUGUAUGCAAAGCUGCGCUCGAAUGCAACCUCGACUCACACACUUUAAAUACACUAACAGUAAUAAAGAAGUCCGAUCGCCGUUUUCUUUGGUUACAUUUUGGUCAAGGGAUUGCCCCGGGUUGCAAUUAUCAUUCCCGACUUCCGCCGUAUGCACUAAACGUUCGGUUUGUAUAGCUGUUGACUCGCUCGCUGCUGGGGCACGUCAUGCUUGAAGUUAGGGCCUACGUGACAUCGU